AUGUCAUCUCAGACUCAACCAAAACCGAGUCUAUCAGACACCGCACCAAAAAUGGAUGCUAAUGAUACAAAGCCCAAGAUGUUUGACAAGGAAGGUGCCAUUGGUCAACACUUCACAGAAGAGGGUGCUAUUGGAGGGAUGGGGCAAAAAGUAGGAGGGCCUUUCGGCAAGGAAGGAAUGAUUGGCGAGCAUUUCACAGCAGAGGGCAGUGUGGGAGGUACAGUUCAAUCAAUGAUGGGCGGAAAGAAGAGUGCAUGA